AGAGAAGAAGCAAGCAGUUUUGAGACAGGUGGAGCUGGAUCAAGCUGCGAAAGUGAUUUGCUUGAAGCUGGUUGACUAUGAUCCAUCAAAGUCUCUGAAGGACCAGCAUGGAAAUUGGCACUCUGAACUGUUAAUGGGGACAUGGGACUCACGUUGUCAUUGAUCAUUUGUGUGGACUUAACCAGCAAAGAGCAACAGAAGACGCUAGAAAGACAGUGGGAAUUAUAGCAGUUUUUCAGGUCACCAAAUCUUGUUAUUUUAAUUUCUGUCUGGAAGAAUGUCUGAGCAAGGUAAAUUGAACCAGGAGACAGCAGAGGAAGCUGCGAAAGAGCAGGAGACUGCCAUCUCUGAAGUGAACCCGGACAACUGUAUCCUUAAUAAAUCUGAAAGCUCGGAAGUAGAGGAGAAGGAGGAGAAGCUGAGCGAUGCCAAGACAGAGCUGCAGGUGUUACUGCCAACAAAAAGUUGUUAUGCAAAGCCUAAGAAGAAACGAGGUGCAAAUCAGAACCAGCAGAAAAAGAGAUCCAAGUCAGGAGCUAAAGGAAAACUUGUCCGGAGUCUUGCUGUGUGUGAAGAGUCAUCCCCUCGCCCGGGAGCGGAAAAUAUUCAUGAUAAUCAGGAAUCAAUCCAACUACAGCUUUCAUGUUUUCCUAGCUUGCAAGAAGAAGAUAAAUCUAGUAAAGAUGACUCCGAGAAAGAAAAAGAGAAGGAUAAAAAUAAAGAAAAAGAUAAAAACAGUGAAAAAAACAAGAUCAGAAUGUUAUCAAAAGAUUGCAGUCAAGAGUAUACAGACUCAACAGGCAUAGAUUUGCAUGAGUUUCUCAUUAACACAUUAAAGAAUAACCCCAGGGACAGAAUGAUACUCUUGAAAAUGGAACAGGAAAUUAUUGAUUUUAUUAGUGACAACAAUAAUCACUAUAAAAAGUUCCCUCAGAUGUCGUCGUAUCAGAGGAUGUUAGUGCACAGAGUGGCAGCUUACUUUGGAAUGGAUCACAAUGUGGAUCAGACUGGAAAAUCUGUAAUUAUCAACAAGACCAGCAAUACAAGAAUACCAGAGCAAAGGUUUUCUGAACAUUUAAAAGAUGAAAAAGGUGAAGAAUCCCAGAAGCGAUUUAUCUUGAAGCGAGAUAACUCUAGUAUUGAUAAAGAAGACAAUCAGCAAAACAGAAUUCUUCCAUUUAGAGAUGACAGACGAAGUAAAUCAAUUGAAGAGAGAGAAGAGGAGUAUCAGAGAGUGAGGGAGAGAAUAUUUGCACAAGAUUCAGUUUGCUCCCAGGAAAACCUUUUUGUGGAAAACAGUAGGCUGUUGGAAGACAGUAGUAUAUGCAAUGAUACUCAUAAGAAAAGACAGCUGUUUAGGGGUAACAGAGACAGCACGGGGAAGGCAUCUGGCAGCCGGCAGAGCAGUACGGAGAACGAAUUGAAGUGGACAGACCACCAGAGGCCAUGGAGCAGCACAGACUCAGACAGCUCAAACCGAAAUUUGAAGCCAGCCAUAACAAAGACAGCCAGUUUUGGGGGGAUAACCGUCUUGACAAGAGGAGAUAGCUCAUCAAGUAACAGAAGUACCGGCAAACUGUCUAAAACAGGCUCAGAGUCUUCCAGCAGCGCUGGCUCCUCAGGAUCCCUGUCACGAAUACAUCAGCCUCUCCAAAGCGCAUCUCUUGUCCCCGGGGUGACGGCCGGCUCUUCAAGCAACGUGUCCUACCCUGAGAACGGGAUGAGUGGCCAGGUGGCCCCCAGCAACACCAGCUAUAUCAUUCUUCCACUUGAAGCUGCAGGGAUACCGCCUGGCAGUAUCCUUCUCAACCCUCACACAGGUCAACCGUUUGUAAAUCCUGAUGGGACGCCGGCAAUAUACAAUCCUCCCAGUGGCCAGCAGACGAUGAGGAGCCAGAUGGUGGGACAGUCUCAGCAGCAGCCUUCAUCCCAGCAGCCUCAGCAGGUUCAACAGCCACAGCAGCAAAUGGCAAGUCACCUUGUCACACAGCGAGAUGACAUGACAACACAGUUUAAUCAGAUGAGCUUAAGUCGUCAAUCAUCAGGAGACAACCCCGAAUCACCUUCUGGUCCUGUCUACCCAUCGCCUAUCUUGCAGCAGCCUGCCCAGCAGACGGGUUACAUUAUGGCUUCCCCAAGCCAGCAGCUUCCCCCAGGAGGCUUUACAGGUUCAGGUCCACCAGUAUCCCAGCAAGUGCUGCAGCCGCCGCCACCACCCCAGGGCUUUGUGCAACAACCACCGCCACCUGCUCAGAUGCCAGUGUAUUAUUACCCAUCUGGUCAGUACCCUACCUCAACAACUCAGCAGUACAGACCCAUUGCCUCAGUUCAGUACAAUGCACAGCGGAGUCAACAGAUCCCACAGACUGCACAGCAAGCAG